GGACUUAUAAAUUAAAAUUUGGAGCCAAGCAAGCACAAUAGUAUGAUAGUCCUCAAUAUGGAAGGAACACAACUAAAUUUGGCAUCAAUAUUUUUUGCUUUCCUACUAUAUCUAAGCUUAAAACAAAUCAUUACCAAAGCUCAAUCUCCAACAUAUGUGGGAGAUGACUGUAAUUACUCAAAACAACAGCCUCUUAGCAAUGCAUACCAAAAAAAUCUCAAUAGCAUCCUUUCAUAUCUGUCUAAUGAUUCAGCCACAAGCAAAGGUUAUAACUAUACCAGAAUAGGGGACAACACGACUAAAGGUGAUGCAGUGUAUGGUCUCUAUGAUUGCCGCGGCGAUGUGGUUGGAUACUUUUGUGAAUUUUGUGUCUCUUCUGCUUCCAGAGAAGUUCUUGGGCGCUGCCCGGAUAGAGAAUCUGCUACUAUAUUUUAUAGCUUCUGCAUUUUUAGGUACUCAAAUGAGAACUUCUUUGGGAAAGUAACAACAGACCCUUGGUGGAAUCAUUUAGGAACCAAAAACGUCUCUAGUGCGAUAGAGAUUCAGAAAGGCGGUGAUUUUAUGAAACGUUUGAUCAGAAAAGCAACUAAUGAGACCAACCAGUUGUACUAUAUGGAUGGUUUCAAUUUGAGUUCUACGGAGAGUAGGUACGGACUGGUUCAAUGCAGUAGAGAUCUUACAAAUGAAAGGUGCAGACAGUGUUUAGAGUUUAUGUUAGCAAAGGUUCGCACAUGUUGCGAACAUAAGUUGGGAUGGCAGGUUUCAUCUGCUAGUUGUCUGAUUAGGUAUGAUGAUUAUAUGUUCUAUCUGCUCCACGAUCAAUCACCUUCGGUACUUGUGCCUAAUCCACAAACAGCAAAUAAGAAGAGUACUAGUAAGUCAAGAAAGUUGAUCAUUGGCUUUAGUGUUGUUGGUAUAGUAAUUCUACUAUGUUCCACUCUAUAUUACUUCUGGUACAAGAAAAGAGUUAGAAAAGAUUGGCUGACACCUGCAUAUGAGGAAACACUUAAUGCAGAUUUGCCUACAAUUCCACUGAUCACAAUUCAACAUUCUACUGAUAACUUUUCAGAAACAUCUAAAUUAGGGGAAGGUGGAUUUGGAUCUGUUUAUAAGGGUAUUCUGCCAGAUGGAAGACAAAUAGCAGUAAAAAGGCUCUCAAAAAAUUCUGGUCAAGGCUCAGAGGAGUUCAAGAAUGAAGUAAUGUUUAUAGCUAAACUGCAACAUCGCAAUCUUGUAAGACUUUUGGCAUGCUGCUUGGAAGGAAAUGAAAAGCUACUUGUGUAUGAGUUUAUGCCGAAUGCAAGUCUCGACUUUCACCUGUUUGAUGAUGAAAAAAGAAAGGAACUUAAUUGGAAACUAAGUUUAAGUAUUAUCAGUGGAAUAGCAAAAGGUCUUUUAUAUCUCCACGAGGACUCUAGACUAAGGGUAAUUCAUAGAGAUCUGAAAGCUAGCAAUGUUUUACUAGAUCAUGAAAUGAAUCCCAAAAUAUCGGAUUUUGGAAUGGCAAGGGCAUUUGAAAUAGGUCAGAACCAGGCGAAUACAAGACGAAUAAUGGGCACCUAUGGAUACAUGGCACCAGAGUACGCAAUGGAAGGAGUAUUUUCUGUGAAAUCUGAUGUAUUCAGCUUUGGAGUACUAGUUUUAGAAAUCAUUAGUGGGAAAAAGAAUACCGGAUUCUAUCUGUCAGAACAUGGUCAAAGUCUUCUUGUAUAUACAUGGAAAAAAUGGUGUGAAGGUAACUGUUUGGAUAUUAUGCAUUCGGUAGUUGGAAAAACCUGUAUAGACAAUGAAGUUGUGAGGUGCAUAAACAUUGGUCUAUUGUGUGUUCAAGAAGACGCGGCAGAUAGACCAACCAUGUCAACUGUUGUUGUAAUGUUGGCUAGUGACACAAUGGCCCUUCCGAAACCGAAACAACCUGCAUUUUCAAUUGGAAGAAUGACCUCUGAUGACAAUUCUGCCUCGAAAAGUUCCAAGACGCCUUCCAUUAAUGAUGUAACAGUCUCAAACAUCUUACCAAGGUAAUGAAGGAAAUGAAGACUCUCAGGACUUGAGAAAUUAGAAAAAUUCAUAUUCAUAUAUCAUACACUAUGGUGUCAAUUAUCCAUGUAAUAUCAUCAAAUGAACAGCUACUAUAUGACACCAACUUCUACUGUAUGAACAAAACUAAUGUUGUUUGGUGCUGAACCGGUUUUCGACAGUUCAAAA